AAAAGGAUACUGAGUCGCCCAACCGCUUCACUCAGCCGGCGGCAGGGGAUCUGGUAACAUCUAAUUUACAUUCCACUCUACUAAGCACUUGGAAACCCUUUCAACCCCUUACACAGAAAAUGGCAGAUGAAGAGAUUGCAGCGCUUGUCAUUGAUAAUGGAUCUGGUAUGUGCAAAGCUGGCUUCGCCGGGGAUGAUGCUCCCCGUGCAGUGUUCCCCUCAAUUGUGGGGCGCCCAAGACAUCAGGGUGUGAUGGUAGGCAUGGGACAGAAAGAUAGUUAUGUGGGUGAUGAGGCUCAGAGCAAGAGGGGUAUCUUGACCUUGAAGUACCCCAUUGAGCAUGGCAUUGUCACAAACUGGGAUGAUAUGGAGAAGAUUUGGCAUCACACUUUCUAUAAUGAGCUUCGUGUGGCACCUGAGGAGCACCCAGUGUUGCUUACAGAGGCCCCAUUGAACCCCAAGGCAAACAGAGAAAAGAUGACACAGAUCAUGUUUGAAACCUUCAACACUCCUGCCAUGUAUGUUGCCAUUCAGGCUGUCCUGUCUCUGUAUGCCUCUGGCAGAACCACUGGUAUUGUCAUGGAUUCUGGAGAUGGUGUAACCCAUACAGUCCCAAUCUAUGAGGGUUAUGCCCUGCCUCAUGCCAUCCUUCGUUUGGAUCUGGCUGGCCGUGAUCUGACAGACUACCUCAUGAAAAUCCUGACUGAGCGCGGAUACAGCUUCACCACCACAGCUGAGAGGGAAAUUGUGCGUGACAUCAAAGAGAAGCUCUGUUAUGUGGCCUUGGACUUUGAGCAGGAGAUGGCCACUGCUGCUUCCUCUUCCUCCCUAGAGAAGAGCUAUGAGUUGCCUGAUGGGCAGGUCAUAACUAUUGGAAAUGAGAGGUUCCGUUGCCCUGAGGCACUUUUCCAGCCAUCAUUCUUAGGUAUGGAGUCCUGUGGCAUCCAUGAAACUACUUUUAACUCCAUCAUGAAGUGUGAUGUUGACAUCCGUAAGGAUCUGUAUGCUAACACAGUAUUGUCUGGUGGUACCACCAUGUACCCUGGCAUUGCUGACAGGAUGCAAAAGGAAAUCACAGCCUUGGCCCCCAGUACAAUGAAAAUCAAGAUUAUUGCCCCACCUGAGCGCAAAUACUCUGUCUGGAUUGGAGGCUCCAUCUUGGCUUCUCUGUCUACCUUCCAGCAGAUGUGGAUCAGCAAGCAAGAGUAUGAUGAAGCUGGUCCUUCCAUUGUCCACCGUAAAUGCUUCUAAAUGGACUGCAUGCAGGUGUUAGUAUCUGCUGCAUUGAUAACACAAUCCCAAUGUUAAUGUUUGCCCCUGGGCAAAUCCAAUACAUGCCUCUUGCUAGCCUUGUAAAACUGGAAGAGAUUAAACACCUCUAAACCCUCAAGCUAGCAUGAGAAUUAAAGGUGAAUUUCAAAACAGCACUGUCAGAUUGUGUUGACUUGUCACUUGUCUUGCCGCCAUCUAUAGGAAAGGGUUUCAAACAUAUCGCAUCCAAGCCUUACCUUUUUUUAAAUAUCCUGUUGUAGCCUAUUUUCCCAGUAAGAAUACCCUCUUUGGGUUUGAUCUGAACUUGAGUUGCAUUGAAACCUGUACAUUAUGCAUCAGAGUUUAAUUUAUGUAAAGAAUUUUGUACGUUGCCUUAAAUGUUCACAACAGUAGAGAAACCAAAACCUGUUAAUCAUCCUGGUUGUUAACCCAAGUUUUUUCAUUGUGUAAGGAAUAAAAAAAGCGCUGCAGUAUA